UUUUUUUUUUUUGGAGGGUGCAAAAAUUGAUCUUUCUACGAGUUAUAAAUCUAUGCAAUGUAAGGGGAAAAUGAGAUAGAAGCAGUGAAAAAUUGUAGAUUUUAGGACACCUCUGAAAAGAGGAAUUUUUAAGAGGUUAGACAAAAAUAAAGAGAAGGUGUUGAAAAAGCAAGAAAUUUAAAUCUUGAGGUGCCAGUGGACACCUCGAUAAGAUUAAAGUAUAGCCAUUAAUGGUUUGUUCUUGAAUCUUGAAUGAAGAGCGAAUAUAUAGCAAACCUCUCAGCAAGAGGCUAAACUCUCAUCUAUUAUUCAAAAAUUACCUUGUUGCAUGUCGCAUAUUUCACACUCCUAUGUUAUUAUGAUUCAUUGCCUGAUAAUUCCGUUGCAGAAUUUUCCCUCUACCAUUGAUUUUCAUGUCGGGCAUUGAUUUGGUUUUGUGUUUUACACAAAAAUAUCUGCCUAUCAAGAAACUGAAGUAAACAUCUGCUUUUCACUUUUCCGACCCAAGUAAAGCCUUCAAUUCAUGCAUUCCAGUUUCCGAGAUUCUGAAAACCUAACAAUCAUCUCAUCUAAUUUUGUUCACUGUUUUCUAACUUUUUAGCUCUCAGCCAACUUUCAUAAAAUAUACAUGAACCAUCAGUCUUUCAGUUUUUAAAGAUGCUGAUAGGUCCUUUGAAAUUUUCCUCAACUAAAGAGAAGAUUCAUGAGCAUUGUAAAAUUUUUCUCUUAAAUUUUCUAGAAAAGUCCUCUUUUCACGGGCUUAUUCACAUCAGGAGUAACAGAAUUCAUCCAUUUGAAUUGUAAGUAUAAAUGAUAGUUUAAUAUUAGAAUAAUCUCCCCUAUGACAGAGAUAACUUGUCUACAUUAACAGGAGCUUCAUGGAUUUUUCUUUGAAUGGUGGUAGGUAAGAUAAAAAAAAAAAUUACGCACUCACUAAUAAUUUAUUUGUCUAAGGAUAAAACAAGUUAUGCAAAAAUUUAUGAAGGUGGACAUUUAUUUUUUAAGAUAUUCCUUCAGUAAUUAAGCUCCAAAUUGUGUACGCUCAUGUAAACAUAUGAUGCAGAUAGCAUACAACUACUCUGAGAAUAUUUUUGAAAUAUACAUUGUCUAAACUAAGAGAUUCUCAUAAUUUUUGUCGAAUGUUCAAUUUCUUGAUAUAUGCACACAUGCCCCCUUUCCCUGAAAAUUUUAGAAUUUUCAUCCCCUAAUAGUAGCUAUUUUCAAAGUUUUUUUUUUUUAACGAGAAUUGUGUUUUAAGUUGAUUAUUUGAAGCUAGACUGUUGUGAGCUGUUCAAAAUUAGAACCACAGUUCCUUUCAGCUGUUACAUCCCUCUUUAAAUGCCUUGUCAAAGCAAGUGGAAUGAAGGAAACAAUUUUCUUUUAUUCAUUUUGUUACCUACUUUGGACAGUGAUUAAAUUUUACUUGGCUUUCCAAAAUGUUCCUGUUUCCACUGUCUGCUGUAAUCAAUCAAUAAGUAUCCUUUGGAUUGUCGCAUUAUUUUCUGGCAUGUGGGGCACCUAUUGGCUUAGUCACUCAACAUGGCAAAGGUAUCAAAAGAAUCCCACCGUCAUCUCAAUGGAGCGUGAUUACAAGGAAUGGAAUUCUUCCUUUCCAGCACUGACAUUAUGUCCAACAACUAAAUUUGACCCAACAGCUUUGAAGAAUCUUAUCGAAUCCAGGUAUGCUCAUUUCAACAACAGUGACAGACUGGAGACUUUCUUGUUAACACUUGCCAACGCUACUUACUCUUCUUUCAAGGAUUUUUCUGAUGAUUAUGAUCCCAUAUCCCCUGAAGAAUACCUUUCUGCAGCCUACGAAAUUCGAGUCAACUUCACCUACAAUAUGAGCAAUACCCAUAUUCAAGAAUUAGGAACCACCCAACUUGCCCCUAUUCUUACUGAAAUGGGCAUUUGUUACUCCUUCAACUCCCAUCUGGCUCCAUAUUUACAUCCCAGAUACAUCAUGAACCGCAAUAGAACUCUUUUCCCAAUGCAACCGCUCUUGAUGGGGCAUCCUAUGAGUGGAGAAACAUUGGCACAGCUGAUGAACAUUAACAGCGGUUACGUGGUGUACAUUCACAGUCCCAAUGACUCAGCGGACAUUGCAACAACAGGGUUUGAAUCCUCAAUGAACAACUUCAAAACGGUUGUUGCUGUUCCGCUAACAAUCUAUUCUAGCGAUGAAGUCAAACAGUUGAGUGUUUCUCAGCGACGGUGCAGAUUCAUUCAUGAAUCAAACCUCAAAAUCAGUCCAGCUUAUAGCUUCAAAUUCUGUCGGAUGGAAUGUCGAAUAAAAUUGUCACUCAAACUGUGUGGCUGUGUUCCUUUUUUCUACCCUCCAACCGGAGAACCUAUUUGCAAUGUUAAAGGAAUGAAGUGCCUGGCAAAAUAUGAAGAGGAAAUGAUAAAAUUGCACAACUUAAAUAAAUACAAUUUGGACUGUAACUGUCUCCCAGCCUGUGAUGAUGUGUCUUUUGUCAUUGACUCAGCUACGAAUAUGUAUUGGUUUUUAGGAACAAAUCUAAAUGUCUGCCUAGUAAAGUAUCCGAGAAUGAGGCUUCGAAGGGAUCUUUUGUUUGGCAUCACGGAAGUACUAGUUUCCAUCGGUGGCACUGCAGGACUUUUUUUGGGUUGUAGCGUCCUCAGCUUUGUGGAGAUAAUUUAUUUCUUUUCUUUGAGACUAUUAUUUUUCGUUUAUCACAGCUUUUAGGUAAAUCUAUGUGUACUUACUUACUUACCCUCGAUUUAAAGUAACCAUUGAGUUUCAUGUCUUUCUGAAUUUUUAUGGAUCAACAAUAAGAAAAAUUGAAAUUUGC